AUGGAACAUUAUUACAAGGAAAUGUAUGAAUAUGGCCCAGAUCCAAGAUUUCCAAUUUCUCCAGCAGCGAUUGCAGGUGCUGCCGCAUUUAAAGCUGUAAGAGCAUUCGAUUCAAAAACUCCAUAUAAUAAAAACCAUGAACAAUUAAUUCAUUAUAUACGCGGAAAAGCUGUGCAAGAAACACAAUAUUUAUUACAAAGGUUUCCGUUGCCACCAGAUGUUGAUCCAAUAACAAUAAUUGUAUCAGCAGAAGCUGCUGCUCAUCGUCUAUACGAUUGUGAAAACAUUAAUUAA